UCCGGCUUCCAGCUCCACGUACGUGCGUGCGGGGAGGGAACCUUUCCACAGGGAAUAGAGGAACCAAGUAAACGGUUUUUUCAAGGUCCUAAAAGGCUCUUUCGCCUCCGUUCAGCACUCACUGGACGACCUGUACAGGGCACUGGGCCUACAAAUGACUCAGACUCGCCGUGCCCCCUGGAGUUCAGUCUGGGAAGAUUUUCAAAGCUGGGAAUGGACUCAUCCCAGAUCGCCGUGGGCCUGAAGAGGGGCAGCGGCUGAGUGUUUCGGGGAGGGGCUCUCUGUCUUCUUGGAGAGGAGUCUUGGGAGGGCAUCUUAGGAAGAGGCGAUUGAUGACUGGAAGUAGGCACUACAAUUUUUCUCAUUUUCUGGAGAAGGCAACAGACUAAGAAGCCUAAUAGAGUGAGGUGGAGAGAAUGUCUUGAUGGAGGAACUGGUAAGGGCAGGUGAGAGUGGAGCAGACUCCCAUUUUGGGCAGUACCGACAGAAGACAAUCCCUUCAACACGGAUCCUUCUUGAGGUGCCUUCCGGUUCCUGGAUUCUCAGGCUCCUCUCUCUUCUACUCCUGGAGGUGCAUCACCAGGUCUUUUUACCGGAACGUGGUGGGUGUACUGCUGGUCUUUGAUAUGACAAACAGAAAGUCCUUUGAACACAUCCGAGACUGGCACCAGGAAGUGAUGGCUACUCAGGGCCCUGACAAGGCCAUCUUUCUGCUUGUUGGCCACAAGAGUGACCUGCAGAGCACCCGUUGUGUCUCAGCCGAGGAGGCAGAGGAGCUGGCUGCUUCUCUGGGUAUGGCUUUCAUGGAGACCUCAGCCAAAGAUAACUGCAAUGUGGACCUGGCCUUUGACACGCUCGCCGGCACCAUUCAGCAGGCCCUGCAGCAGGGGGAUAUCAAGCUGGAGGAGGGCUGGGGGGGCAUUCGGCUCAUCGACAAGACUCAAAUCUCUAGGCCCCCCAGCAGGAAGCAGCAUGCAGGCCCAUGCCAGUGUUGACUGUGGGAGGGAAAGGGUUAAGCAGUGCCAACCUCAGAAAUGCUGGUGGGAUGGAGAGAGUGUCUCUCCGAAGAGCAAAUGGCAGACUGUACCCAAAGCGUUCAUAUAAAGUUUCCUGGCACAGUCACGUCUCUUGGAUUUUGGGGUCUUAGAGCUCAGCCCCUUUCCACCAGAAGAGUCUAGAGGCAGGUAUGCAGCUUCCUGUCCUUGAGCCUGUUUCCUCAUAAAGACCUUACCUGGGGCAGGAAGGAUAGGGGUACAUGAAUGAGAUAAUAGAUGGGAUAUGUUCAGCCAGAGCCUGCCACAUGCUGAGAAUUGAAUGACAAGAACUGUCAUCACCACUCUUUCUUCUCUUGGCCAGAAUGUGGCCAUUUCCAGCAGUGUUCUUGGGCUUGGAUGCUGAAAC